AAACCGGCAGGGGCGGAGCGUCGUCGGGGUUAGCAGCACUGUGGCUGGGUGCCUGCACCUCGGCGUGACCUCCGGUCCGGCCCGGGCGGCGCACCCCCACGCCUCGCUCCUCGCGCUCGCCGCGCGUCGUUGUCCUUCAGCGAUUGGCUGUCGGGACAGAAACAGCUGUGCAGAGCCGUGCCGCGUACAGGGCUGUGGACUCGGACGCAGCGUAGCCGGCUGGUGGCGACUCCCGCCGGGGAUCCAGGGGCAGCGAGGAAGAGCCGGAGGCCACCGGCCCUGCGUCUCGGGGCGGCGCGGACAGGGCGCCCCCUCCCUCCGGCUCCCGCCGACGUCGGGGUUGGCGCAGAGAACAAGCAGAAGAGGAGUGACACUGCAGAUUCCCGGGGCACUGCAGUGGGAUGCUGGCCCAGUGCGAGUGGCCGUGAUGUGUGGGAUGGGCAUGGGACAGGAUCCCAGUGUUCCGUGCAAAUAGGAUAAAAGGAUGGUAAAGAGGAUGCCUUUUUCUUUUUUUCCUUCCUAAAAAAACGUUACCAGCAAAGUGCAUUCACAGGGCCUUUUUAAGGUGCUUUUUGCCAGCUUUUGAACAGCACUUGUACCCGUAUCUCAAGCCCUGAAUUGUAAGAAGAGCUGAGAGUUCUGGAACCCAUUUUUAGAAAGUAGAUCUGCGAAGGUAAAGUACUGUUGUGUUGCACCGGCCCGCAGUCGCCAGUCUGAAAUGUUCAUCUAGGACACCAUGACUCGAAAGUUUACUCUUUCUUCUUAUUACAGAUUCUAGGACGUCCGUUUCUGUCACUGGCUCCUUCUUGUGCUUGGAUGCAACCCCCUAGCAUGCACCAGGCUUUAGCGUCAAAGCUACCUGGGGGAUGGAGCCAGUCCAGAAAGGGUCAGGUGAUGUGUCACCAAUCAGUAUGUCUCCCAUCAGUCAGUCUCAGUUUAUUCCACUUGGGGAAAUCCUUUGCUUGGCCAUCUCAGCAAUGAACUCGGCGAGAAAACCUGUCACCCAAGAAGCACUCAUGGAGCACCUGACAACGUGUUUCCCAGGUGUCCCGACCCCAAGCCAAGAGAUUCUGCGGCACACGCUGAACACGCUGGUGCGGGAGAGGAAAAUCUACCCGACCCCGGAUGGCUACUUCAUCGUGACCCCACAGACUUACUUCAUAACCCCUUCCCUCAUAAGAACUAACAGCAAGUGGUACCAUCUGGACGAGAGGAUACCCGACAGGUCCCAGUGCACCUCCCCCCAGCCCGGAACCAUCACGCCCUCUGCCUCAGGCUGCGUCAGGGAAAGGACAUUGCCCAGGAACCACUGCGACUCCUGCCACUGCUGCCGCGAGGACAUGCACAGCAUGCACGCGUCCACUCUGCAGCGGAAGCCCGCCAAGGACUGCAAGGACCCCUACUGCCCUCCCUCUCUGUGCCAGGUGCCACCCACUGAAAAGAGCAAAAGUACUGUGAACUUUUCCUACAAGACAGAGACCCUCUCAAAACCGAAAGACAGUGAAAAGCAGUCCAAAAAAUUCGGGCUCAAGUUAUUCCGGCUAAGUUUUAAAAAAGAUAAGACCAAACAGCUGGCGAAUUUCUCUGCCCAGUUCCCCCCCGAAGAGUGGCCCCUGCGCGACGAGGACACGCCGACCACCAUCCCCCGGGAGGUGGAGAUGGAGAUCAUCAGGCGGAUCAACCCGGACCUGACCGUGGAAAACGUCAUGAGGCACACGGCGCUCAUGAAGAAGCUGGAGGAGGAGAAAGCACAGAGGAGUAAAGCCGGGUCCUCGGCCCAUCACAGUGGGAGGAGUAAAAAGAGCAGGACUCACCGGAAGUCCCACGGGAAGUCCCGGUCCCACAGCAAGACGCGGGUGUCUAAGGGAGACCCUUCGGACGGCUCGCACCUGGAUAUCGCGGGGGACAGAGAGUAUGACUUCUGCGACCCUCUCACCAGGGCGCCCAGGGAGGGCUGCUUCAUCAUCGAGCACAAAGGGGACAACUUCAUCAUGCACAGCAACACGAACGUGAUUGAGUCGCAUUUCCCCAUGACGCCGGAGUGGGACGUGUCCGGCGAGUUGGCCAAAAGGAGGACUGAGAUGCCUUUUCCGGAACCUUCCAGGGGAAGCUCCCACUCGAAAGUACACCGAAGCCACAGCCAUACCCAGGACCGAAGGUCCCGGAACGAGAGAUCCAACAAAGCCAAGGAGAGGUCCAGGUCCAUGGAUAACUCCAAAGGCCCUCUGGGUGCCUCUUCUCUCGGGACGCCCGAGGACCUUGCCGAAGGCUGCAGCCAGGACGACCAGACCCCCAGCCAGCCCUACAUCGACGACAGUACUUUGAGGCCUGCACAGACCGUUGGUCACCAAAGGGCUCACAUCUCCUCCACAAGCUACAAAGACGUGUGUAUUCCAGAAAUAGUCAGUGGCGGCAAGGAACCUUCCAGCGCUUGUAGCCUUUUGGAACCGGGCAAACCACCCGAGAGUCUGCCGUCCUAUGGCGAGCUCAGCUCAUGCCCAACGAAAACAGGCGCGGACGACUAUUUCCAGUGCAACACCUCGAGCGAGACGGUGCUCACGGCACCAUCGCCUCUGGGGAAAAAUAAGGAGGACCAUGACACUCUGACCCUGGCAGAAGGGGUGAAAAAGCUGUCCCCAUCUGAUAGACAGGCCCCCCACGCCUCCAGGGAGCCUGUAGGGCACAAGGAGGAGUCGCCAAAAGGGCCAGGUGGGGGCCCGGCCGCUUCGGGCGGGGUGGCGGAAGGGACGGCCAACGGACGCCUUGUCCAGCACCACGGCGCCGAGCCCAGCAGCCUGGACAAGAGGAAAGAGAUAUUCAGCAAAGACACACUGUUCAAACCUCUUCACAGCACCUUGUCUGUAAACAGCUACCACAAAUCGAGCCUGUCCCUCCUCCGAUCUCACCCGAAGGCGCCUGCUGACACGCUGCCCGGCCGAUGCGAGAAACUGGAACCCUCCCUGGGGACCUCGGCGGCACAAGCCGUGCCUGCGUCCCAGCGUCAGCAGGAGUCGGGAGGGACCCAGGAGGCGUCCUUUGACUAUUACAACGUCUCCGAUGACGACGACUCUGAGGAAGGGGCAAACAAAAACACGGAGGAGGAGAAAAACAGAGAUGACGUAGGCACCAUGCAGUGGCUCCUCGAGAGGGAAAAGGAAAGAGACUUGCAGAGGAAAUUUGAGAAGAACCUCACCCUUCUUGCCCCAAAGGAAACCGACAGCAGCAGCAACCAGAGAGCCACCCAUUCGGCCCGGCUCGACAGCAUGGACAGCAGCAGCAUCACUGUGGACAGUGGAUUCAACUCCCCACGUACUCGGGAGAGCCUGGCCUCCAACACGUCAAGCAUUGUUGAAAGUAACCGUCGUCAGAACCCCGCGCUGAGCCCGGCCCAUGGCGGAGCUGCUCCAGCCUUCAACUUCCGAGCAAGCGCGGACACCCCGGCAAGCGAAGCUGAGAAAUUACAGAAACCUUCCAACUGCUUGCAAGCUUCCGUGACUAGUGUGUGAUCGUCAUUCUGCCUCAGACCUUCUGUCUCAUUCGAUACAGCAAAGUUUACGACACUGGGACUGAUGUUUACAUCUUUGGAAAGACAAGCAUCUCAACCACAGUUUUUGUGUUUACUUAAACUGUGCUGCUAAGUAGGCUAGGGCAAAAAAGGAAAAAAAAAAAAAAACAAGAAAAAAAAACAACGAAAAUCUUUAUUUCAAAGUAUUGCUUUUCUCAUUUUUGGCUCUGUAGCAACUGAAUAGCAGUAGGGGUGAUAUGUAUACUUUUGCUUCACUAAUUGUAUCUGAGCACACAUAGGAAAGUCUAGACACUGUAAGUGUAAUAUGCAUUUUCAAUGUCAUACAGUUGCCAAUUCCAUUUUAAAAUGCCACAGAUGCGUGUUGCUCCCAGUCUGUGGCUAAAUGAUGCCGCAGAACUGAUCCUUGACACUUCCAAAAAAAAAAAAAAACCCACACAAAAAACUAAGCCACCACAAAAUGUCAGAUGCAAGGGUCCACCUUGAGGGAAACCAAUGCCAAACUGACUAGAAGGGAUCCCAGCCCUUUUGUGUGUGAGUUGUUUAUGCACCAGUCAUUUUUCACUGUGAGUUUUCGUGACGCUGUUCCGCAAGAGCCCAUGGAAGUGUGUGAGAAGGGGUCGCGAUGGAAAUACUGGGAGUGUUUGCUGUCAGAAUUUUGUUUUCAAGUGUAACAGAUGCUUGUCUGAUUUUUAACCUUCCAUAAUCACAAACAGGAAUAUAGGCCUUUGAAUCUGAAGUGGACGAAGGAAGGGAAUUCCAAUUCUGGCUGGGGCACAGCACUAAGUGAUGGAAGAGGUAAUGUGGACUUUUAAAAGGUGUUAAUCAAAUAUCGAAGGGAGGUAAUUUCCUCCUUGUGAUACUUAAGGUGAUCCUAUCUUACUAUAAUAGAUACAAUAAUUAGUUUGUUUAAAAGCAAAAUGUUCUUUGUGAUACAAAUGAAGAGUAUGGCCUGAGGAUGUUAUUCUUUCUAAUGGAAGGACGUAAAUCUAUUUUAUGUAGUUUUAAAUAGAAUGCCUAAAUUAGGCUGUGGGAGAUAAUUUUUAGUGGUUAUAGGAAAGAGCAAAUUUAGGGAGAGUUGAACUUCAGGCCUUUUAUUCCUGGGAAGAUAUCUAUAGAGAAAACUUUUAAAAUAAUUUUUGAUUAGAAAUAUACAUGUGCCCAUGUAAUAAAAAACAGAAUGUGCUCAUUCUGCUAUAAUCAUAAUUUGUACUCCCCUAAAAUUUAUGAAAAUAACAAUUAUGCAUACAUGAACUAUGCCAGAGUAAUGUUUACAGAUACUUUGUAACCAAUUUCAGGAGGCAUUUAGGUGGAUGUAUAGUUAUUCGCCCAACUUAUUUCAAAAUGGUUUGUUAACCUUUUUGCUUUGGUUUACAAUGUCAUGUCGAAUACUCAGACUCAGCAGCGAAGGGAUUACAACUAAUUCAGCUUCAAUCUUAUAGGACAGACAUGUUUCAAAGUUCCCUUGUUUUAUUUUCUGGGAACAAUGGAAUAGAUCUGUAGAUAAUGGAAGUUAAAUGGUCUGACAUGAAGUUUUAUUUAGUUUAGCGGUAUGUGCUGUUUGGAGUCAUAUACCAUAA